AUGCGUGCAUCUGGAGCGAGUAACAUCUCCAAUCUAUCAGAAAGCACCAAUCAGGUUGCUGAGGGACGUUUGGGGCGUGAAAAGCCAAGCGAGCUCAAUCGAGAGGCGCUGUGUGCACUCACCUCUGCGAACAGUUAUAGCAGCAGUGGAGUCGAGGAGGACAGCUAUAACGAGGCAGACUCAAGCUGGGAGGAUGCGGAGGGGGAGCAGAAGAGGGUGGGCCUCCUCGCAGCGCGGAGCCCACCGACGGCAGCAGAACAACAACAGCAUCGGCAGAAUGUCUUUAUAGAGGAGUUCCUGCGGCAGCGUGAACUGUCGGCAUUGCGUGGCAUUGCGACUGAGGUGCGCCUACAAAUGGAGCGCUGUUGCCUUCCCCCCUUCGAUGUUGCCGCGAUUGAGAAGUACGUCGUUGCGGUCGUGGAGCGUGGUCGGCCAAAGACAACAGCUGCAUCACCGCCAAAAGAGGGAACAGAAACGACGCGUACCGGCAGCAAAGGCACCACCUCGUCGCGUGCUCAGAAAAAGUCGAACCACAAGAGGGGCGGCUCAUCGAAGAGCACUUCACCAGUGCAAUCGCGACCCGUUACGCAUGGCUCGGCUGCCACGCCAGUCGACCACGCUGAGAAGACCAGAUGCACUGCCGCUGCGCCCGCUUCUGGGGUUCACACGACCCCUCUCGAUGUGCCGUAUGUUCCACACUCGCGGCACGCCGCAUGGUACGCCUCGGCCUACAAGCAGCUGGUGGGCGCAGCCACAGACGGGAAUGGCUCAGGCGGCGAGUGCAAGACGGACGGGGGGUGCGUGCCUCACCACAGUGGGAGAGGGAGCGCCCGAAGUGCGUCUAAACCGUCAGCAGAGGGUUGUACACCGCCGGCCAACAUCGCCAAGGAUAACACCACUACCAAGAGCAACGUGGCAACUACGGCGUGCCACAAGGCAGCCGUUGCAGACAUUGUACAGCUGCGUCAGGUCCUUGCCGAGCACGAGGCGGCGACGUUGGCCGUACUCGCAGCUGCUGAACGACGCGAGGAGAUAAUGUCGAAGCUGCGUUCAUUCCUGGCGAUGGCAGCGGAGGACUUGGGUGUCGGCGUGAGUCCCAGCAGCGGCCAUGGCAGCCGUAGCACCUCCAGCAGUAGCGGUAGCAGCCAUGGCUGCAAGGCUGCGGUGGCGGGCUCCUCGCGCAGUGCGUCGAUGCGCCCUUGGAAGACCACCAGAGCGGUAAAAGGAACAUCACGUCGACCGAAAACUCACCAUUUCCACCGGCAGAAGGAGGCCCCUAAUUCUGCGCCCCCUCGGCGGAGUGCCGCCUUGCGGCAGACACACGGGCUGGCGGCGGAGCGGCGCUACUACAAGCGUGGCAUUCUGUACUUGUUGCAGAGACUGCAAAAGGUCUCUGUUGCGGUUGUGAUGGGCGUCCAGGCGUGGCGGAAGCGCCUCAGCGGCAGUUAUCCGUUUGUGAUUCACGGGCGCAAUUACUUGCUCGUGAUGACGCAGGAGAUGGCGGAUCUCUCGCAGGACCCCUCUAUGCAGGCGCUGUUCCAACCACAGACUAUUAAAUCAAGAAGAGAAAAAACAUCAGAAUCAGCAUCGACAGCAACGGGAGGAAAAGGACCUAUCAGUGUCAUGGACGAGCCUCCCGAGGUGCUGCCGGAAUGCCUGCAGUUCUACCCGCUGCUGACAAGCAUGCCCCACCUGAUGGAAAGCAACAAGCCACCCACAACGGUCUCGGCUGAAGACGCCCCACCGUUUGACUUCGGUGAAAGCGAGGCUGCGGAGGAUGAGGCGGCAUGGGCUGCAGCAACGACAAUGGGAGCGAAUAUGAUGGCGACGACGACGACGACGGCAACAGCAACAACAAGUCCAUCACCGACACUGGGGAGCGCUAUGCGCCGAACGUACUUCCAAAAGACACGGCGACUCCCAAUAGAUACGGUGUACAUACGCCGUCUGCGCGAUGCGGAGGCUGUGCUGCAGCGGGAGGUUGCCGUGCAGAUGCGGCUGCUGCGGCGCAACUUCCUUGCAUGCAUGGAGGGCCGCUACCCGCUGCUGCUGCGCGGCGUCGGGGAAUUGUGCGGCUCCCACGACGGCACCAUACGCCUUGCGUCCAAGCAGCGGCAGCGGGAGUGGUAUUGGCACCUGCACGACAUGAUGAGCUGCCUUGCGGAGGGGAGCACCGCACUUCGCAAGGAGUAG